GUCGAUUACUAAUGAUCAUCCCCUUUUUCUUUUCUCCACACUGUGGAUUACCAAUUUCCUCAGGGACUAUAACUAAAGCCACCAUCAGGCAAUAAUAUCCCAUCAUAAUAUAUUAAGCAUAAAUCGAGCAAUCAGCUAUCCCCAGCACGCCAUCUCCCUCCAAUAACCAUCACUGCCAAGAUGUCUUCCUCCCUCUACAACACCACGAUCCCAACCUUCAUCAGCGGUCUCAAGACCCUCUCUCACAUCCUCAAGAAGGGCGAGGAGUAUGCCACUGAGAAGGGCAUCCCCCUCGACGACCUCCUCAAUGCCCGUCUGCACGAGGAUAUGAAGCCACUCUCCUUCCAGAUCUUCAUCACUAUUUUGCUCAUUGAAAAGACCAUUGCGCGCGCCCAGCUGGUCGAGCCGGCCGCGCCUGCCCCCGAGGCCAAGACCUACCAGGAGCUCUACACCAGCAUCGACAACACCCUCACUGAAGUCCAGAAGAUCACUCCGGCGGCCUUCGCCGGCAAGGAGCAGACUACCUUCAAGGCGCCCCUCGGUGACCAGGAGCUCGAGUUCACUCCGGAGUCGUAUGUGCUCAAUUUCGGGCUGCCGAACAUCUACUUCCACAUCACCACUACGUAUGCCAUCCUGCGCGCCCAGGGUGUGCCGCUUGGCAAGUUGGACUUCUUGAAGAACUUCCUUGCCUGAGGGGAGUCAUUGUGCGCUGGGGUUUGUUUUGAAUUGAAUUGAACCGGUGUUGCAAUGCGAGAUACCUGUCAGAUGUAUAUAUGAAAAGCUAUAGUACGAUAGAACAAUGAUGUAUAACAAGCAGCCGGCGGGGUUGUUGUUCGGCCCCUCGGCUCCUAUAAAGAG